UACAGCUUCAACAAUUAGAAAUGCUUUAAAGUAAUUGUAAUUGUUCAUUUGUACAUUCAUUGCGACAAGAUGUGCAAAUUUUGUGUUCUAGUAAUUUGCAGUUUCACAACAUUUGCUAUUGUAACUGCCAAUUGUUAUAUCAAUCUUUCAACGGAUAUUCAAAUACGUUCACCAGUUAUCUUGGUUUCAUCCUUUGGCCAUAACUACAAACUAUUCAAGCCUAGCGGUCAAGUUGCCCUCAUCAAUAACGGUGCAAAUUUGUUAUUGGCCUGUCCCACUGUUAAUCGAAAUAAAUUUGUGAAUACAGAUCAAAACAUACAGCAGGUCAUACAAUUGACAUGUGACAAUGGUAAUUUUAUAUAUUCGAAAACUAGAAAUAGAGCUAAUUUCAAGCAAUUAUUAUGCCAAAUUGCACCGAUGUCUAUGUUGCAAAUUACUGGGCGUAGUUGUGCAAAUGGUCAAGGUGUUAUUUAUGAAACCGGUUUCAAUAUCAAUCAACAAUUUUAUGGACCAGUAUUUGAGAUAUGUUACGAUAACACAAAUGAAUAUACCUACUAUACGCAUAAUACCUUGAAUGGUGCGGCCAUGGCAUAUGCUAUUUCCACGGGAGAUCAACGUCGUACUUUUACCGCUGAUGGCAUGAAUUAUAUAACUAGUCAAAUGAAUAAGUUCUACCAAGAACAAAAAAAUCGCUUUAUAAGCAAUUUUGGCGUUCGUCAAAAUUAUGUAGAUAAUGAUAUUCACCGAUUUUUGGCACGUGGCCAUUUAUCAGCCGAUGCUGAUUUUAUUUUUCCAUAUGAAAAAUUAGCUACAUAUUUUUAUGUCAAUACAGCGCCUGAAUUUCAAACAAUUAACACCGGCAAUUGGUUAAGAGUAGAGGAAUUGGCACGAGCUGUCUCGAUCAGCUACCAAGAUGACAUCGAAUCAUAUAAUGGUUAUAUAAGUGUUUUAGCAUUACCUCGAGAUGACCGAAAUUUAGUAGAAAUAUAUUUGGAUGACAUACGCAAAAUCGAAGUUCCCAUCUUUUUCUAUAAGAUAUUGUUGCAUAAAGCCAGUGAUUCUGCUAUAGUUUUUUUAACUGUCAAUAAUCCUUAUUUACUUAAAGCGGAUAUACCAAAAGUGAAAUUGUGUACAGAUGUUUGUCAACAAUCGGGUUUAAUACAUCCAAAUUUUCCAGAUGAAACAAAAGGUUAUACAUUUUUUUGUGAAUUAAAUGAGUUCAAACUUAGGGCGGGCGCCAAUUGGCUUCCCGCUCAGGUUAUGGCUAAUAAUUUAUUAAAACAUCGUCUGCAGCAUGGUUGACAGAUAUUUUUGCAAUCUUAAUUAUAUUGUUUUAAUUGAAUAAAGAUUUUUGUUAAAA